AUGGCAUUCACAACCAAUCCCGUCGCCAACCCUGAGGCGGUGGUUUCCGGCUCGCAGUAUCGGUUUACCAUUCUCACCGACCGCUUGGUUCGGUACGAGUGGGCGUCUGACGGCUGCUUCGAGGACCGAGCGUCCACCUUCGCCAUUAACCGGCACUUCCCGACGCCCCAAUUCCGUCUUGUUGACAACGACGAUAAUCUCGAGAUCAUUACCAACCAUUUCCAUCUAUGUUACGAUAAGAAACGAUUUUCUCCUGCAGGGUUGAACGUCCAUUUCAACUUCAAGCAUACCAACUGGGGAGCUCCAUGGCAGUAUGGACUGGACGAGAAACUCCAGUUGGGUGGCUCGCUCAACUUGGGAGGCACAGCUCGGACCCUGGACCUUUGCGACGGCCGUUGUGAUAUGGGAGAAGGAGUGAUUUCCAAAGCCGGAUAUGCGGCCCUCGAUGAUUCCAAAUCCAUGCUCUUCGAUGGAGACUUCGUGGCGGGUCGGAAACCGGGCGAUCGUAUCGAUGGGUACUUGUUUUGCUACGGCCAUGACUACAAAGCUGCGAUCAAAGCAUUCUAUUCAGUAUCCGGCAACCAGCCCAUUCUGCCCCGAUAUGCUCUCGGCAACUGGUGGAGCCGAUACUAUGCCUAUCACCAGGACGAGUAUGUCCAACUGAUGGACGAGUUCCGUGCACACGACAUCCCAAUAUCAGUGUCAGUGGUGGAUAUGGACUGGCAUCUUGUUUCAGACCCUUGUGUACCUCAUGCCGGAUGGACGGGCUAUACCUGGAAUAAGAAUCUCUUCCCAGAUCCGGAGAAAUUCCGGAGUGACCUGCACAAGAGACGCCUGAAGAUUACUCUGAACGAUCACCCUCAUAAUGGAAUUCACUCGCAUGAAGAUGUGUACGAGGAAAUGGCCAAGGCGCUAGGCUAUAAUACCCAGGAAAAAAUACCAAUUAUCUUUGAUCCCUCUAACCCCAGGUUCAUGAAAGCGUACCUCGAGAUGCACCAUACGCUAGAGAAAACAGCGUGUGAUUUUUGGUGGAUUGAUUGGCAGCAAGGCCCUUACUCCAAAGUCUCUGGCCUCGAUCCCCUUUGGCUUUUGAACCACUUCCACUACAUUGAUCAUGGUCGAAAUGAAAACAUCACUCCACUUAUCUUUUCUCGAUACGCUGGGCCUGGAAGCCAACGAUACCCUGUAGGAUUUUCAGGAGACACGGUGGUCACCUGGGAUUCCUUGGCCUUCCAACCGGAGUUCACCGCAACCGCGUCGAAUAUCGGUUAUGGAUGGUGGAGCCAUGAUAUUGGUGGUCAUAUAUUUGGGAGCAGAGACGAUGAACUUGUUACUCGUUGGGUCCAGUUCGGUGUCUUUUCGCCGAUUUUCCGACUCCAUUCGUCUGAUUCGAAGUGGAAUUCUAAAGAGCCAUGGAUGUACCGCUCAGAGUACGAGAAGGUCAUGGCGAACUUUAUGAGGUUACGACAUCAACUGGUACCAUUCUUGUACACAUGCAACGUAAUUGGCUCUGUGGAGGGUGAGCCUUUGGUGCAGCCGAUGUACUGGUGGUACCCGGACGCUGAACAGGCGUACGCGUUUCCCAAUCAAUAUAUCUUUGGAUCGCAACUUUUGAUUGCUCCCAUUGUUGAGCCUCGGAAUAAAACAACGCACUUAGGGGCUGUCAAAGCAUGGCUGCCGCCUGGCCCCCGGUUUGUUGACAUAUUUACUGGUCAGUUGUAUGACGCAAACCGCGAGAUCACAUUUUACCGGAGAUUAGAAGAAUACCCGGUUCUGGCCCGCGAAGGAACCAUUAUUCCCUUGGAUGCCAGCCCGGUUCCUGAAAACGGUUGCUUGAAUGUGGACGAGUUAGAGUUUCUCGUUGUAAUCGGCAACGAUGCGGAAGCCACUGUUUUGGAGGAUAUUCGAGACGAUGCGCCCGAUGCGAUGAGAGGCAAGGGCCAACGAAAAUCCGUUGUACACUUCAAACAGGCAGAAGGAAAGCUUACCGUGGAGCCAGUCCAACGUCCCUCGAAAUUCCGUUUUUUGUCGUUGACAUCCGUGCCAAACGACUUGAAAGUUUUCUGUGACGGCAUCGACAGGACGAAAGAGGCUAAGGUGACCGUCGAAGAGGCGUGCCAUGCACCUGGCCUCGUCAUCGAAUGCUCUUUCUCUGAGAUUGGUCACUGCAUCGUGAUUGAACUCGGUUCCGACCCUCAAAUCGGCGUGAUGAAUCCGACGAGCCGCCUUGAACGUCUCAUACUGGACUAUCAAUGCGCAUUCGAGAUGAAGGACCAGUUGUGGAAAGUUCCUUUCCACAAGCUCGUCAAGAACAGCGCUUACUACAGCCGCUACCAGACCAAGUACCGCCGUCGCAGAGAGGGCAAGACUGAUUACUAUGCCCGUAAGCGCCUGAUCACCCAGGCCAAGAACAAGUACAACGCCCCCAAGUACCGCCUCGUUGUCCGCUUCACCAACCGCGACAUCAUCACCCAGAUCGUCUACUCUGAGAUCUCCGGUGACAAGGUCUUCGCCAGCGCCUACGCCCACGAGCUCAAGCGCUAUGGCAUCACCAACGGUCUGACCAACUGGGCUGCCGCCUACGCCACCGGUCUCCUCCUCGCCCGCCGUACCCUCAAGAAGCUUGGCAUUGACGAGCAGUUCCCCGGUGUUGAGGAGGCUGACGGUGAGUACGCUCUCGCCGAGGCCGUUGAGACCGAGGACGGUGAGCGCCGCCCCUUCAAGGCCUUCCUUGAUGUUGGUCUUGCCCGUACCUCCACUGGUGCCCGUGUCUUCGCUGCCAUGAAGGGUGCCUCCGACGGUGGUAUCCUCGUCCCCCACUCCGAGAACCGCUUCCCCGGUUUCGAUAUUGAGACUGAGGAGCUCGAUGCCGAGACUCUCCGCACCUACAUCUUCGGUGGCCACGUCGCCGAGUACAUGGAGGGUCUUGCCGACGACGACGAGGAGCGUUACCGCGGUCAGUUCCACAAGUACCUUGAGAACGAGGUUGAGGCUGGUGACAUCGAGGACCUCUACACUGAGGCCCACAAGGCCAUCCGCGAGGACCCCUUCAAGAAGGAUGAGGAUGAGGGCUCCAAGAAGACCAAGGAGGAGUACAAGGCUGAGAGCAAGAAGUUCCAGAAGAAGAAGCUGACCCACGCCGAGCGCAAGGCUCGCGUUGAGCAGAAGAUCCGUGAGCUUGCUGCUUAA